CUGUUCACUCGCACAGGUGCUUAACAGCGAUACUCCACCAACACCAUCAUACCACACGAAGGCCAUGAAAGCUGCAUGUCUCAUUGCCUUCCACUUGCUGUACCAGCUAGUUUGCAUUGACACAUCAAGAACUACAGACUGCAUUUCGCACAUGGAUGUUUGUGUUUCUCCACCCAUCUGCAGAAGCGAACAGGCUGUUCUCAGAAAUAGCUGUCAUUUUAAAGAUGGAGGCUGCCACAUAACUGAUGCAAAGGUCUGUAACACCACUCUUCAGAUGAUGUUAAGCCACUCACCUGCCCUGGGACAGUGCGUGUGUUCUGUGCCGGAUCCGUGCAGCACUCUACAACAGCUGUACUCUCAGUGCCAGCAUCAUUGGGCUCAAGAAAACAAGCAACUUGAGGCAGAAUGGCAAGCCAUUGAUCACAAGGGACCUGUACACCACACAAAUAGAUCCUGUCUUGAAGAGAUAGUGGCUUGUCUUGGGGAGAAAUCUUGUAACAGCCGGAUGGUGCCAUUUGUCCAGGAAUGCAACGCCUACCGAUGCAACCAAAGCCAGUGCAGAGAGGCACUGAGACAGUUCUACUUGGCUCUUCCUCUCAGUGUGGCUGAGAAACUGGUGUUCUGUGACUGUGAUAGAGAGGACCAAGAAUGCCAACAGAUGAAGGCCUCUCUACACUCUGGAUCCUGUGCGAGUGAUCAGUCGCAGACACCCUGGACCUGCCUGGAGGCACUAGACAGCUGCUCUGAAGAUACUCUGUGCAGGCAGAUAUUUAGCAGGUACCUGUCCAAAUGUUUUGGGGAAAAGGAAUAUGCGUAUGAUACGGCCAGUGAGUGGCUAAGUCAUCUGGACCCUGACUUCUUUCUUGGGCAUGACCUCCAAUGCAGGGUGGCCUUUGUGGAAACAAUGGGUUCAGUACUUCAUCAUCCGUGCACUUGUGAUGGAUUACAUCAUCAUGAUCAAUAUAAGUGCAAUGAGCUGAAACAAAUUUUCCAAGACAGGUCCCUCUUUACGCUCUCAGGGACCAAAGAAAAUUUCCAACAUGGAGGAUCCCCUGAAUCAAACACUGGGCAACAACCAAUCAGUAAAACAAGCACUGAGCCACAGUGGUUAAAUGGUGAAAAUGUCCAACAUGGACAAUUGGAUGAUUUAAGCAAUGGGCAACAACCAACCAAUGGAUCAAGCGUUAAGCAGCAGUGGUUGAGUGAUCAACUGUUUUACCUACUGAUAUAUAUCUCUGCAUUAAUGGUGGUGGUAUUGUUCGUGGUCAGCCUUGUUUUACACAGACUGUGGAGAAUACACCAAGCUGCUGGUAAACCAACCUUCGACACCCAUCAGUCAAAGUCUCUGAUGUUGUCAUCUGUUAUUAUUUGAGUCAUUUUUCAAAAAUGCUUACUUCAUUAGGUGACAGUGAUAUUUCUGAUACUUUGCAAAUUGUAGUCCUGAACGGGGGAAAAAGCGAAAAAAAAAAAAAUUAGUUGUACUUUAAGUAGUUCAUAUUGCACAACACUAUUCCAUAUACCCUAUGUUUUCUAUUGAGCUAAUCUGAUUGUGUUUCAGGGCUUAAACUAUAAAUAAAGUGUUAAUGAGCAACA